CGGUGCGACUGCCUUCCCCACAUCAAGCCAGUUGUGAACGCAAACCAUCGUCUAGCAUCGCCUUUCUUUUCGGCCAAGCUCACUCUUCCUCCUAAUUAAGUGCCAACUAUAGAUUUCCGGUCCGAAGAUGGCCAGCAAGAGAAGUAAGGUGGCCGCCACCGACGACGAGCUCGGCGAGCUGUUUGAGGGCAUCGGCGACGACACGGCCGUCAAAAAGCCAACCAAGGCCAAGCCUGCAACUUCCAAACCAAAAAGCGAUGCUGCCGAGCAGGACAUUCUCGCCGAGCUCGAGAACCAGCUCGGCGAAAAAGGCCUAGAACGACCGCACACCCCGCGUGUUCGUGAUGUGGCACCCAAGCCACCGCCCGCAAAGAGAACCUCCACCAACACCCCGCCCCCUGCCGUCGACACUGCCCGCAAGUCUGCCGAGAGCACCGCAUCCCACCAUACAAGCAACACGCCGAGCGCGACGAGCUCCGAGCCGCACGAGAGCGAGAGGGGAGCCGCUGCCCGGCAAUCACAGCCAGCGAGCAGCGGCGGUGGCUGGUGGGGAGGACUCCUAUCUACCGCGACGGCGGCCAUGAAGCAGGCCGAGGCUGCCGCAAAGGUGAUUCAGCAGAACGAGGAGGCCAAGAAGUGGGCAGACCAAGUCCGCGGCAAUGUCGGAGCGCUAAAGGGUCUAAGCCUCGUCGACGAGCUACGACACCGCGCCCUCCCGACCUUCACCAACAUCCUGCACACUCUCGCCCCGCCCAUCUCGUCCCACGAGCGCCUCCUCAUCCACAUCACCCACGACCUGGUCGGCUACCCCUCCCUCGACUCUCUCAUCUACGGCGUCUUCAAUCGCGUCAUGGCCCAGGUCGAAGGCGGCGACCUGCUGGUGAUUCAGCGCGGGCAGGAAUCCACACUCCGCCCGGCCUCGUCCGAGAAAUCUUCCUCACUUUUCGGCGGCGGCAGUCAACAAUCAAGUGCCGGGUGGCGAGACGGGCCUUGGUGGCGACAGUCGGACUCUCCGCGCGAUCUGGGCGCCGUACAUGGCCUGGUUGAGGGCACCAAGCUGUGCCGGGCCAACGCCGAGGGAUACGCGGCCGACUACUUUGAGGCGCACGGCGGCAUCGAGCAGGCCAAGCAGCGCGCCGCCGAGCCCGCGAGCGAAUCGAAUCCCGUUCGCAGCUCCGAUCUGUUCCUGUCCGUGCAGGCUGUCCGUGUGCGGCAGGAUAAGGCGCUGUUCGCCGGGUCGACGGCGGGUGAUGACGUGUGCUUUGCAGUGUUUAUCCUGGAUCCCGUCCACGAGAUCCAGUACGCGACUGUCAGCCAGUGCGUGCCAGCUAGGUGGAUCCGCUGGCUGGAUGCCCCGGCUACGCCGCUGACGCCGGCCAGCGGGGAGGAUGAGGAUUUCCGGGCAGAGUUUGGGCGCGUGCCGGAGGAGAUUCGGGACAUCGUCGAGAGCGGCGGCGUUGAUCCGCGGGAAUGGGUGGCAGAGUGGGUCGAGGAGGCCCUGGGCCUCGCUGUGGGCGUCGUUGCGCAAAAAUAUGUGGCGAGGCGCAUGGGCGUUGGCGAAGGCGGUAUCGGCAAGGGCAAGCAGAAGGUCGAGAGUGUGCUGCAGGAUGGCGGCAACGAGGUUGCGAGGGCUGGUCUGAUUUGA